AAGUGAUGCUUCACACAUCACACAUCUUAUUUAUGCUGAAAUACUAUUUUCGUAUUGUUACCCGGAAACUGUUCAAACUAAGUUGACAGAAACUUGGAUUUGUUUCAGUUUUUAACAAGUGGCCGUGGAAAGCGAGUCAGAGCCCAAAGUGCUAGUUUGCUUCACCGGUUUCGAGCGUGGUGUUGCGUUUUCCUUGUAUCCGUUGCCUCAAUUCUUCAACAUAAGUUAAGUGCAUUUCUUACGCUGGACGAGCUAUUAAAGGUUAAAUUACGUCGUGGGCGUAGCGGCUCCUUGUAAUGGCGACCGUGCCGUAGAUGUGCCUAGGUUUUUGAAAAUGAAGCGGAGAAGAAGUUAUUUCUUUUAAGAAAAACGCCGAGGUUCCCCAGAGGAGGACUUUGCGUCUAUAAUCGUCAUCUUUAUAAGAGGUAAACGUAGCUGUACUUGUGAACUUUUGUGCCCCCGAAAUGAUGAAGCUGAAGUCAAACCAAACCCGGACGUACGACGGGGAUGGUUACAAGAAGCGGGCCGCCUGUCUGUGCUUCAGGAGCGAGACUGAGGAGGAGGUGCUGCUGGUGAGCAGUAGUCGACAUCCUGAUAAGUGGAUAGUUCCUGGAGGGGGAAUGGAGCCAGAGGAGGAGCCCAAUGUUGCUGCAGCUCGAGAAGUGUGUGAAGAGGCUGGUGUGAAGGGGACUUUAGGUCGUUUAGUCGGAGUAUUUGAGAACCAGGAGAGGAAACACAGAACCUACGUUUAUGUUCUUAUUGUAACAGAGGUGCUGGAGGACUGGGAGGACUCGGUCAACAUUGGGAGAAAAAGGGAAUGGUUUAAAAUAGACGAUGCCAUACAAGUGUUGCAGUGUCACAAGCCUGUGCAAGCCACCUACUUUGAGGCUCUCCAGGAGAGUUGCCUGACCAGUAACGGAACACCUUUGGUGGCCACGAUAGGUGGGGACCUCUCCCCUACCUACAGCAUCAAUCAGAGCUCUGUCUCGGGUAUCAGAUAACUAAAACCACAACUCUGAUACCCCCAGGAGCUUUCGCCACCACUUGCGCUCUUACUUGUGUCAUUUCUCUCUUCUCUUCUCUAUUCUAUUCUACUCUUCUCUUCUCUCUACUCUUUUUUUGUCUCAAUAACAUGGUUUGCCUUGCCAACUCCUUUGUGCCAGACCUGUGGCACAGACUUGAUGACAAGUGUUGGGUGAAUAGUCUGAAACACUUUGUAAAUGUAAAUGUAAUUUUUGACCCCUCUCUUUUUUUUUUUUUUCUUUUUACUGACAAUUGCAUGAAGUGUCCCCUCGGCUCCCCUCAUUCUCUUUCCUUAACGCGCCCUUAGCGUGGUGUUUAUUGAAUGCAAGAACUACUUUUUACUGUCGUAAUGUAAAAGUGUAUACUUAGUGCUUAAGCUGAAGGCUUUCGGUGGUCUUUUUAAUGUCUCCUCCAUCUUCAGUUAUUUUUCUGUGAAUGAAUGUGCCCAUUAGUGUAUCCCCUCCCCUGUCAUGAGGAUAGGAAAUGUUGUCUGUAUCUGAAUGAACAGAUUUGUGGGAAGUGACUUGUCUUGCAUGAGCACUGUUAUAUUGUCUCACUCGCUCGAGUGACCUGAUGCUGACUGUGCAAACAGACUUGUGGUAAGGUCUUUGGAUUCUCUUCAUUUUGCUCCUUAUCGUGGUUGUUGAUGUCUCUCGGAUCAGAAGGAUACAGCCCCUCAGUAGUCUCUCAAUUUCAAGUGUUAAGUGUGUUUCUCUGUUAUUUGGGAAGCUAGCCAAGCACUACAGGUUUCACCCUUUGAGUAAAGAGUGGAAGAAUGUCAACAUACAUUGUGAAAUUAACCACCUUUUUCCUCAGUGUCUUUACCUCCUUUUUAAUCUUUUUUGUUUUCCUUUUGAAGAUGCUAUCUCUUGACUACAAAGUCUUCCUCCAUAUACUGAGAGGGUAGAAAUAGUAGAUUUCAACCAUGGACUUGUAAUUUCAAAAUGCAGCACAUAUCACAUAAGUUAUUUAAACCCAUUUCCAUAUUUUACUCCUCACAUUCAGUUUGUUAAAAAUCAAAUGUUUACAUUGUGUUGGUAACAUAGCACAGGUGACUGUAGUGGGCACUUUCAUCAUGGUAAUUUUUUUUAACCCCUUGUUUAGUAUUUAAUCUGCAUCCCCAAAUACACUCAAAACAUCUGCUUGACAUUGAAAGUAAUGGAAUCUAUAAUGCUGUCUUUGGCAAGAUGCAGAACAAACAAGCCUUGUACAGUUUGAGACCUCGUUUUUAACAUGUAAAAUGCUUUUGGAUACUAGUUUUUUGUUUUUGUUUUUUCUCUCUAACGUCUUGGCAAAAGUCUCUUUAGCCGAGCUGCGUCACAUGCCUGGAUGUGGCGUGAGGCAGCUGGCUCAAUACUGUGAAACUGGAGGCGCUGUAGAUAGCAUGUAAGAGGUUUUUAUUGUAAAUUCUUUAUUUCUGUAUAGAUCAAAGGUGAGAGUGCAAAUGACAAAACGCCUCUUACACAUCUGUGAGUGCUAUAUGUCAUUUCAAUUGAGGCUGGAAGAACUGUUGGCUUUGGUUUCAGUUCUGUUGGGAGUUUUGGGUUUUUUUGUUUUGUUUUUUUGUUUUGGAAGAUAGCAUUCAGUAAAUCUGAGGCUGAAGAACGAGGAAUGUGGCUGUGGUUGUGGCUGUAAGUGUCGGGCCUAUAUAAAACUGAAUACUGUAUUCUCCUACUUUUUUCUUAGACCAAAACAAAGUUGUAACUGUAAGGAAUUACUGUUUUUCCUCAUCUUUGGUCAAGCUAUAAAAAUGAAGUAAACAUGACUGUGGUUUAGAAAUGGACAGGCAGUAAAUCUUUUUCAGGCGAGCCACUUUUCUUCUGUCCUCAAACCGGGGUCAGCCAGUAGCUAAAAAUGCUGCUACUUGGGUGGGCGGUAAACACUGAUCACCUCGCUCAUUCUGAUCAAAAUGCCACCAAUUACUUUGUGCAACAGCUGCAUUUCCCAAAAACUACAACAAAGCACAACAUACCAACUCUGACCAGUUUUUGAGUGUGUUAUCAAUUAAAGUUUGGAAGAAAUUAGUCAAGUUAGUUUGUAGAUGCUUUAGGUUAUCCAUUGACAGGCUUUUCUCCCACAAUGCAAUGCAUAACAGAAGUAGAGGAACUGCUCACAGCUGCAAAAAAUUUGAAAUAAUUGUGGAGAGCAAUGAAACAUCUCCGGGAAUGUCUCAGGAAAAAGUCUUACUUAAGGAAAAAAACAUUUUAAUGUCUCUUUAUGAAGGGUUUUUUUUUUUCUAGCAUGUUAAUGUCUCACUUUUCACCUAUUUUUUUUAGAAUAAUUUCCUACUAAAAUGAGGCAUUUUACCACACUUACGUAAACUAAUGAUAAAAAUCUAUAUGUAAAGAUAAAUGUGUUAUGUAGAAUUAGUUUGCAAGACUGAGUUGACAUGGUUUAUGUUCUGGUGAGGUUUUGGUGAUCAUACAGCAAACACUUAUGGGAAAUGUAGGUUGCUUGCCAGAAAUGUUGUAUUUUGAUGAAAAUGAAUAGGUGUUUCAGGUCUACAGGCCAUUGCAGCAGUAGAUACCUUCUGAACUUUGAGUAAAACCAUCUCAGACUGGUUUAAAGAAUCUCAUCACGAUGAAUUAAUGGCUACUGGAACAAGAUCUAACCUGGAAAAAGGCCAUUUCAGAAACGGUUCUUUUUUUUUUUUUUUUAGCUUAUUUUUUAUUGUUUUUUCUCCCGUUUAUCAUUGAUGAGGGCAUCUCUGUCCUAACCAGUCCAGUUCAUACAGACUAAUAUCAGUCUGUGAUAAUAAAACCUGAUUUCAAAAUGAGUCAUGAGUAACAGUAUGGCUGAAAAGAGUCUAAAGUCUCUGACCGUUUCAGACUCUGGACUGAUUUUAUUGCUGUGUCUCAGAGGUGUGGAGGCCAAAGUCUUGCUUUAUUAUGCCCCCAGGGAUUCAUGAAAGAUUUUUGUUGCUUAGACCUUUUAGUUUUCAUCUAAAUAUGCAAUCUGAGCUCAAGGCAACUGAAACAAAAUGUAACCCUGUAUAAUUGGCUACAGUUCAAUCUAGUCUGUGGAGGGUUGACAGGUAUGUCAAAAUGAAUGUGAGGAGGAUUUCUGCAGGUAACAGCCAGUGACUAAAACAUUAAUUACCACUUGUUCUUUAUCCAUUUUUUUUUUUUGUUUGAUUUUAAUUUGUUUUGUUCUUGUACAUCACUAACACAGUUCCCUUACUGCUAGCAGGUGUACUUCAAAUGUAGUAAAUAAGAGCUGUGCCCAUUUAUUACAAAAAAAAAAAAAAACUCCCUUCUAACUCAAAGGCAGUUCUUGUUCCAACAAGUGAGAACAUCUGUGAAGGGAAUUAGUAGAGAAUAAGGAAAGAGUUAAAACUGAGGAAAACUGCUUUUCUGCCAUCAAACUGCCUCUUUUGUAUGACAUCAGAGCUUCGGAACCGGAAAAAGACAAAACAGAGGAUUAAUUAUUAAAGACGACAAUUGGAGCUUCAGAUAAACCCACUUCCUUAAUCUACCAAAGUAUGUCAUUCUAAUUAGAUAGCCCCAUCUUGUGGCCAAAGUUAAACAAUGAAAGCAUAUCACCUUGCAGCUGAGGAUUGUAACAGUCAAGUUUCCUUUCGCACAAUGGUUCGACUAGUUUCCUACAUCAACAGCUUGUAAAGGUUAAAACUGAUUCAGUGGCUGAUUUGAAAGAGUUCUCCCAAAUGGUUGCAAUUGAACACGUGUGCACUUCUAGCCGUUGACCUCAGCCUUGAAGUUACAUACAUGUUGUAAUUGUGUUCUCCAAGGUGUAUGUGUCACUGGAAUUUUAUUUUCCUCUUUUGUCAUUUGGGACUGUGGAAUGAAACCAGUGCGAGAAGACUGAAGAUUGUAAUAUAAAUGUGCCAACGAAUAAACACCAGUAUUUCACAUCCA